UCUGCAUGGAGGGACUGGGGAAAACAAUCCUGUAACGCGGUGUUAAUUUAUUAAGGAUAACAUAACACGCAUGUAAGAAUUACGUUUACCGUAUUCACAAAAACUCGCCACUGGAUCACAUAAUGAGCCACCUGAAUUAAUUUAAUAUAUUUACACAUCAUUUCUUUAAGGCCCAUUAUGACACUGUUCUCCCAUCUACGUCUAUGUCUCCCUAGUGGUCACUUUUCUUCAUACAAGUAGACGUUACAAGCAUGAUGUUAAGACAAUGCCUAUUUAUGCAAAAGUGACUCAAGUAACCACAGAUUCUACUAAUUUUCGCGUUCAUAGACUGAUGAUUCAAUAGCAUGUUGUUUAACGACGCUAAUUAACAGAUUAAUAAGGUAGUACUAUUGCGAUUGGAGAACUCGAAGAGAUAUGGAACAAAGCUGUCUUAGUGACUAGACAUGGAAUUUGGAUUGAUUACUGGAUUUAUUCAAUGCUUAUAACUCAUAACUACAAAUAACUGUAAGUCUCGCUGAUUUACACACUCUGUUGAUCACUACAACUAUAUCGCACAUAAAUUGUUCUGUUUGUUCACUUGACGUUGCUAAGUAGCUUGUACUAACAAUUUCAAAUUUACUAUCCCAACAUUUAGCAUAAGUUUAGGGAUGGAUAAAAGUCACGACUAUGUGCUAGAAUAUACGGUCUCUUGUUGCAACUCGAACUCGGGACGUCUUGAAUAUGAAACGAGAGUACAAACCUUGAACCACGAUGCACAGAGGAAGUGUCUAUAGGAAUAUUCUGUAACUAUGAAGAACAAAUAAUUUGCAUUAAUGUAUAAUAAAUUAUUUGAAGACGCUGCAUCAAAUGCAAUGGUUAUUUAACGUGUAACGCUAUUAGAUGAUCAUGUUUGAUUAACUCGACAGAAUUUCAGAGGAAAAACUUCGUGGCCUAUUUUGAAGUUACUAUACAGGCAUUAAUGUGGAGGAACUGACGAAAAAAAAAAGAAAAUGUAAGGACUGACAAUAUACUGUCUGAGAUUCGAACCGGAUAACCACGAAUAUAAGUGAGAAAUUUAAAGCUCUAGGCAACUGACUCGAUACAACUUAACAUUAUAAAGUAAACCACGUGACAUAUCACGUAUAUCUCCACACGAAGCGACAAUACCUCAAAUCGAGGACACUUAAGACAAUAUUUAACUGUCUUCACGACUUGUAUAAGGCAUUUGUCACUUAUCGUCGUCUAAAGUGACUUAGACGGAUUAGAAACUGAACGCAUGCGCGAACAGGUGGAUCCUUUUUUCUUAACAGGACCUAUAUCCUUGAACCACAAAAUUACUAUAAGGGUAAGGAAGUGGGAGGAAGUGGUAAAUGAAAUUUGUAAAACGUUAGAAAGUGAGAUAACGCCUUCCUCGCCUCCUCUUUCCCUUUGCUGAGACCCGUAACCCCUUUCUCUGCCCCGUGCUCGUCUGGCUGGCAUGUGUAUGUAUGUAUACGAGGUGUGACCACGGUGAUUGAGGAUGCUGAAAGAAAAGAGGGGGAUUUCGGAGGCAACAAUUGAGGUCUCAGUAGGGCUCAUAAAAAGGAUGCUUGAAGAUCAAUACGACCACAUUCUGAACCUUACCAGCAUUGAGUAACCUGCCUCACGUUGCAUAACACGUGUUUCUAGUGCUCAGUACUGGACUUCACUGAGAUCUAUUCUACAAACAGACAGAUCAAGAAUGAAUUCCACAAAUUUCUGGAUUACACCAUUUCUGUCGCUGAUAAUAUUAUCGGCGUGUGUCACGGCAGUGCCUGCAGUGGCUUCUGAAGGGAAAAACCUUGAAUAUAACGAAGUUGUACAAGGCAAAAGCAGUUCUGGAACGGAAGGGAACUGGAAUGUUGUGAUGAAGAUGUUAGACGAUUGUGCAGAUAAGGAGUUCCUGUCCUGCGUGGGUGUGAAGCUUGUGACAGCGAUCGAUAGGGCGGCUAAAAUGUCUGAUAUACGCGUCAUUGAUGGAGUAACAAUAAUCAAAACAGAGGAAGCCGAUGACGGGGAAAAUGGUAGAGCUUUUAUGACUGAGGAGGAGCUGCAGAACUCUCUAGACCAGGAACCAACAGAGAAGACUUCCAGGUUGCUCGAGUAUCUGGUGGAAGUCGCCUCAAAAUUCUUCAAGAGCCAUGCCAUUCAGUUCAAGUUGCCUGAGUUAUCUUCCGACCGGCUCCAGAGAGCACUCGAAGAGGCCCGUGGAAGGAAGAAAAUCAGGAAGAUGAUCGGGCCUCUGAUGAUGGGUCUUGGUGCCAAGCUGCUACUUAUUGUCCCAAUUGGCAUUGCCAUAGUCGGGUUCUUGGCCAUCAAGGCCCUGAUAGUCAGCAAACUCGCCCUCCUACUUGCUGGCUUUGUCGCACUGCAGAAACUGCUCGGCGGUGGAGGUUUGGGGUCCUUUGGAGGCGGUAAGAACGGUUGGUCAUCUGGUGUUGGAUCCGGAUGGAACGGCGGCGGAAGUGGAUGGAGCAAUGGUGGUGCCGGUGGGUGGAGUACUUCCGGAAGUGGGGCAUCUUCUGGCUACUACAGAAGUUUUGACACUAACGCCCCUGUAGAUGCUCAUCAGUUGGCGUACAAAGCACAAGUACCACAAGAAGUCAGCCAGUAACUGUGAAGUAUUCGCCAACGGGAUUCCAGGCUUUUACUGCGGUAUAUGAACAAUACUGUUUCCCAUUUCUGGGUGAUGAAACUGUGUUUUGGCUUUCAUCCCGAAGCGUUAGUCCCAGAACAGUUAAUAUCUUUCGUAGACCGCCUUUUACACACUUCACCUUAAAUCCGAAAACGACUACAUCCGCCAUAGAGUCUACAGAAUAUUUUUGAGCCCUCCUACCUGCUUGGAACCAGCCAAAUUAGAAUCUAAGAGUGGGCGUCUUUCGUUCAAAAUUUCGGGACUGAUGACAGACGCUUCUUUACGGGCCGAAUGACUGCAAACACUCUGCAAAUUACAGAGGUUAUGUUCAGACGUGUUCGUUUCAUUUCUUUGUUCCAAUGCUCUGAAGUGUACUGAUUGUUAAUAAUACUUUGAAACGUCUACAAUACAUUUUUAUGAUAAAUUCAGUCUGCCCACUAGACGCAGGGGGAACAAGAUUCGUACUUAUCUGUCUGCGUAAAGACCUUUCAUAUUAAAAACCUAGAAGUGGUAGCUGUAACUCCCAGUGUGAAUUUAGUACGUCUGAACUAGACUUCCUUCAUGGGCAAACUGUAUAUGUAUAAACAAAAAACUCCGUGGCCUUUAGUCCGCAAGCGAAAUAUACGGAC